CUGCAGGGGCACCCAUUUUCCCAGAUGUCACUGUCACUCACAGAUGUCAUCAGUCACUGAUGGCUGUGGCAGUUAAUCCAAGAUCCUGGUUCCUGAGUUUGAUACAAGCAGGAUUUAGCCAUGGCCAUGAUAUCAACACCUGUCAGGAUGCUGCAGUGAUCUUCCAAACACACACAGAGCAACUGCACAGGAAUACUGUACAUUUCCGUUCUGCUAAAAGAGGUUAAAGACCUACCCGGAAUCCAGCUUUGUGAUCCUGACAUCCUUUCAUGUUUCUUGCACAUGAGUAAUGGGGAAGACAGGCAGUAAAGUCCUGAGAGAGAUGUCUAUGGAUGGAGUUCAGCCUCAGCAGCCAACCCCGGCUGCUGCUAUAGAGGGGCUCACCAAGACCAAGAAGAUGAAGGUGAAGUGGACUCAGCUGGGCAUGGUGUUCUUCCUGUUGCUCUCUCUGGUCAUGACAGGAUGCUUCCUCUGGCAGUACCAGAUCCCAAAGUUACUGCCAAAUGAGAGCAUGGGAGGCAAUGCCAAAUCAGAACGGAUGUGCCCACGCUUCCCUGAGCCUCUCCCCCUUGAGCACCCUAUCCCUACUCUGAAAGAGGCACUGGAAAAGGUGGACACACUGCUGCGCCAAAUCAUCAAUCCUACUAGUCUUCCCUCUUUGUCGGCCAUUGUGAUUUUCAACAACACCGUUCUGUGGACUGGUAACUUUGGCAAGAAGAACAGAAGUGACCCACUCUCAGCUCCUCCCAAUGAGUACACCAUAUACAGGCGAGCAGCAUAGAUCUCAGGGCUUUUUUGGGCCCUAAAGGGGAUGACAAAGCCAGGUCUGUUUAUGACUCAAAUCAUCACAUGUUUAAGACUCCUACAAAGUUGAAGCUUGUGGUGUUGAUGAUAAGCACCCGUAGCCAAUUCUUAUGCAUUUCUCGAUUCAGGGACAUGCGUGUAGUUAUGUUGUCCGUAUGUAUGACGUACUACAGUACGUGCUCAGAGCAUGUGAAUUUCCUAUCAGUCGAAGCUGCCUUACUGCUCUUAAAAAAGGCAUAAAUGUAACAUGUCAAUCAGCCUCUGAUACAGUUAGCCACUACACCACUAUGGAGUCUUUUAGCACCAUGGGUCCUGUAGCUGUGGGUAUUCUCGCUUCAGAGUACAGCUGUCAUUACUGACCAACAGAAGUCUGCAUUCCCUGAUGCUCAACUUCCAGUUAUGUGUAUUUUGCUAACUCUAACCAUAUGUGGUAGAUAAAUAAUGCAGUCUUUUCAGUCUUUUGUGUGGUAUUGUACAGGCUUGUGCAGGGAUUUUUAUGUAACUGCGCCAAUCAUUCUAUUCUCUUGCCGAUAGAGAUACUGUCAUAGCGUUUAUUGUUGAAACACCUACAAUCCGAGGGGAAGUGACAUUCAGGGGAAGUAACAUUGAGAGGAAGAGGGAAAAUAACAUUGCUAUGUAUCAAAGUAUAGGUACAAUAUCUCACCCUGGUUACACUCAUACAAUACCAUUCAAAAGUUUGGGGUCACUUAGAAAUCCCCUUCUUUUUGAAAGAAAAGCUUCUUUUUUUUAAAUACCCA